AUGAGUUCAGAUGCAGAGAUGGCAAUCUUUGGAGAAGCUGCUCCCUAUUUACGGAAGCCUGAAAAGGAAAGAAUUGAAGCCCAGAAUCGCCCAUUUGAUGCUAAGACAGCCUGUUUUGUAGUGGAUGAAAAGCAAAUGUAUGUGAAAGGUACCAUACAGAGUAGAGAAGGUGGCAAAGUCACAGUUAAAACAUAUGCUGACACAACGAUGACUGUAAAGGAUGAUGAAGUCUUUCCCAUGAACCCUCCCAAAUUUGACAAAAUCGAGGAUAUGGCCAUGAUGACCCACCUCCACGAACCCGCUGUGCUGUACAACCUCAAAGAGCGUUAUGCAGCCUGGAUGAUCUACACCUACUCGGGUCUCUUCUGCGUCACUGUCAACCCCUACAAGUGGGUGGUGCUGGGCUGCCGAGCAAAGAUGCGCAAGGAGUCCCCUCCACACAUCUUCUCCAUCUCUGACAAUGCCUAUCAGUUCAUGCUGACUGAUCGUAACAAUCAGUCAAUCCUUAUCACUGGAGAAUCCGGUGCAGGGAAGACUGUGAAUACAAAGCGUGUCAUCCAGUACUUUGCAACAAUUGCAGUUACUGGUGAAAAGAAGAAAGACCAACAGCCUGGCAAAAUGCAGGGAACUCUGGAGGAUCAGAUCAUCCAGGCCAACCCCCUGCUGGAGGCCUUUGGCAAUGCCAAGACUGUGAGGAAUGACAACUCCUCACGUUUUGGUAAAUUCAUUCGGAUUCACUUUGGAACAACAGGCAAGCUAGCCUCUGCAGAUAUCGAAACCUAUCUUCUGGAGAAAUCCAGAGUGACUUUCCAGCUGGCCAGUGAAAGGAGCUAUCAUAUUUUUUACCAGAUAAUGUCCAACAAGAAGCCGGAGCUUAUUGAUCUCCUCCUUAUCUCCACCAACCCCUACGACUUCCCCUACGUGAGCCAAGGAGAAGUCACCGUUGCCAGUAUUGACGACAGCGAGGAGCUGCUGGCGACGGAUGUGAGUGUAGCAGAGCACGCCCGGGGCAACCCGGCCGCCGGACUGGCGGCAGCCGG